UGGAGUCGCAAUGGAUGUGAUAAACUUACAUAAUUACUAACUUACGUUAACUAAUACUAUUAAUUAAUAAACAAAAACCAUGCAAAAACCGGAAAACGUUGUAAAGGUUGAAAAUGUUAGACCCAAGGGCCUGGGAGUUCGACAUCUGCAGACUGCGUUACUUAGCACUGGUAUGAUCAUCUCGUUCUGCAUGAGAGUCAACAUGAGUAUGGCCAUUGUAGAUAUGACAGACCCUCGUAAAGAAGGGAGUUAUGACUGGAGUCCGUGGAUAAAGACUAUCAUUCUAUCAUCAUUCUUCUGGGGAUAUGUGCUACUACAAAUCCCGAGCGGGGAGCUGGCGAAGAGGUUUGGCGGGAAAAUACUGAUCCUCGUAUCAGUAUCAGUCAAUUCGAUAGCAUCAGCGUUGCUACCGAAAGCACCCAGUAUAGGUGGCUGGCAACUCGUUUGUGCUAUUCGUAUGCUACAAGGUCUCACACAAGCGUUUACUUACCCUUGUACACAUCAUCUCAUUAGUCAAUGGAUUCCAAUUGAGGAGAAAGGGGUACUGGGCACGUUUAUUUAUUCAGGUUCACAAGUAGGCAUUGGCUUGCAGCUUAUGGUAUCAGGAUUUAUAGCAACAGCAUGGGGCUGGCAGGCAAUAUUCUACGUGAACGCAACUCUCGCUGCAAUAUGGGCUGUAGCGUAUAUAUUUUUAGGUUCAGCUUCCCCUGAAACAUCCAAGAUUAUAUCAGAGCAGGAAGUUUUGUAUAUUCAAAGGUCAUUAGGACGAGUUGGUGAGCAAGAGAAACUCCCAACGCCAUGGCUGAAGAUUAUGACUUCGUUGCCGUUCUGGGCGAUUAUCAUUGCUCAUUGCGGUCAGAAUUGGGGAUUCUUUACUCUGAUGUCGGAAAUGCCUACUUACCUCAGCAAAGUACUUGGCUUCAACUUGCAAAGCAAUGGUGUUUUGUCGUCUCUGCCAUAUAUCGUGAUGACAUUACUAAGCUUCAUAUGCGGUUUUAUCUCUGAUCUACUUAUAAGAACCCAGAGAAUGAGUCGUGUUAACACAAGAAGACUGUUUAAUACCAUUGGUUUUUGGGGUCCAGCAUUAGCACUGAUCGGUUUGUCGUAUGCGACACCUGAAAACGUUGUGUUGCCGAUUUUUAUGCUUACAAUGUCAGUUGGUAUAAACGCUGGCCACUUUACUGGGUACUUGUUGGCUCACAUAGAUUUGGCGCCAAACUUCAGUGCAAAUUUAAUGUCGAUAACGAAUUUCUUGGCCAACAUAAUAUCAAUCAUCGCGCCUCUUGUCUGCGGGAUUGUUGUUAAAAACGAGUCUGAUCCAGCAGAAUGGCGGAAGGUAUUCUUCAUUGCAGCCGGCGUGUACUUCUUCACAAAUUUAUUCUUCAUACGGUACAUCACGGCGGAUAAGCAGCCGUGGAACGAACCUCGUCCCAAACGGCCAGUAAAUGCAAUUUGUUGAGCUUGGGCAGCAAAUAGUUUCAAUUGAUUGAAAACAUGUAAAUAAUUUUUUUUAUUUAAAUUUCUUAGAAUAAC